GCCGAAGGCGGGGCCAUGACGCGCGCGCCUCGUGACCCCGCUCGCGGCCUGCGCCGAGGAAGCCGGAAGCGGCGGCGGUCACCGGCACCGGCUGGGGGUGGAGAGGCGGCAGUGAGUGCCUUGGGGUUUGUGAACCCCGCAAUGGGUCCGGACGCGACAGUCGCAUGGCGGAGGUCGUUGCUUCUGCCGCGGCUGCUGCUGUGGUCGGGGCUGGCUCUGGGCGCUCUCGCCUUGGUCAGCAGCCCCCACAGGGUCCUUCACGACCUCCUGUCGGAGCAGCAGUUGCUGGAGGUGGAGGACUUGUCCCUGACCCUGCUGCAGGGCGGAAGACUGGGGCCGCUGUCACUACCCCCGGACCUGCCGGAUCUGGAUCCCGAGUGUCGGGAGCUGUUACUGGACUUCGCCAACAGCAGCGCAGAGCUGACCGGGUGUCUAGUGCGCAGCGCCCGGCCGGUGCGCCUCUGUCAGACCUGCUACCCCCUCUUCCAACAGGUCGCCAACAAGAUGGACAACAUCAGUCGAGCAGUGGGGAAUACAUCAGAGAGUCAUAGUUGUGCCAAAAGUCUCUUAAUGGCAGAUAGAAUGCAGAUAGUUGUGAUUCUGUCUGAGUUUUUUAAUUCCACAUGGCAGAAGGCAAAUUGUGCAAAUUGUUUAACGAACAAAAGUGAAGAAUUAUCAAAUAGCACACAAUACUUCCUCAGUCUGUUUAAUCAAACCUUGACCUGCUUUGAGCAUAACCUCCAGGGGAAUAUUCACAGUCUUCUGCAGUUAAGGAAUUAUUCAGAAGUUUGUAAAAACUGUCGUGAAGCAUACAAAACUCUGAGUAGUUUGUACAAUGAAAUGCAAAAAAUGAAUGAACUUGAGAAUAAGGCUGAAUCUGGAACACAUUUAUGCAUUGAUGUGGAAGAUGCAAUGAACAUUACUCGAAAACUUUGGAGUCGAACUUUCAAUUGUUCGGUCCCUUGCAGUGACACAGUGCCUGUCAUUGCUGUUUCUGUGUUCAUUCUCUUUCUACCUGUUGUCUUUUACCUUAGUAGCUUUCUUCAUUCGGAGCAAAAGAAACGCAAACUCAUUCUACCCAAACGUCUCAAGUCCAGCACCAGCUUUGCAAACAUUCAAGAAAAUUCAAACUGAAAUCUACAAAACGGAGAAUUAACAUCAUAUUCCAUGGAUGAGUGGUGGAAGAUACAGCUUGGUCCAAAAGAGGAUGAACUGAUUCGACAACUCAAGUUCCCUAAGAAAUGCAAGGACUUCAGAUUUAUUUUUAAAUACGAAUUUUCCAUUUUUCUUUCCUUUCCAUCCUUUUUUUAAGGGUUUGGGUAUUUUUAAUUUCUAGGCCUAGCAAUGUCAUCUAUUUUAAAGUGUGUUUGUUAUAAUAACAAAAGAUGCAAGAACAAUCUUUGUUUUAUUUUGUAGGCAUAUUAUUCCUGUUUGAGACUCCUGGUAUCUCCUUAUUAAUGUAGUACUUAAGUAGCAAAGUUUUUGAAGACUAACAUUUAAAAAUUAAUCAGUUAUGGCAAAGACUUUGGAAAAAGAAAUACACUUGCCAAAAGUAGCCGGUCCGAAGAUUAAUUUAAAUUCGCCAUUGCAGUAUUACUGUUACAUAUAUAUUUAAUAUGUCACACAUUACAAAUAAUAUGUGAUUCAAUCUCUAGGUCCCUUAAAGUCAUUUUUGAAACCACUAAUUAUAAACUUCCCUAGCAAUUUUUAGAAGCAGGAAGGCACAUUACAUUUAUCUUUGUAAAAAGAUUUGUGGUAACUGAUUUCUUACUUAACUUUUAUAAAUAUAUUUUGCACCUUAUUUUUGCCUUUAUUUCAUAAGUAAUUUGAAAUCACUGGACUGCUGUAUUAUAUUCAGGGCAAGAUGGAUUCUUUUUCUACCAGGGAUUUGCAUUGUGAAUUACAUUAAGUUAUUUGGCAAUUUAUAAUUUAUUACUACUUUAAAUCAAACAUAGCAUUAUCACAAUACAUUUAAGUUGUGAUUUUUUUUAAAAUGAAGAUUCUCUUGGGUUAUAUGGAGAUUUUUGGAGGGGAGAGAAAGGAGAGGUAAAAAAAACUGAAGGCCCAGAAAAUAGCUAGGGAAGGACCUGAGGGGAUGCUCACUAUAAGACUGUUGAAUGGUUCAUGUUGAGGGCAUGAGUGAAGAUGAGAGUCUGAUGCAGAAAGCAGUUAGGUUAAGAUGCUUAUUUUUUUCUAAAUUAUUUAAACAGAUAAACGUGAUACGAUGGAAAUGAAGUCAGAUAUUUCACUAUCAGAAAGCAAAUUCUAUUUUGGAAUGUUUAUGUCAA